CACCGCACACCGCCGGGAUUUGCCGCGUUCGGUUGCCAUGGAGCUCACUUUAGUCCGGCGGACACUAAGUCAAAUGGCACUCUGAAAUAGUACUCGAACGAUUCAGAGAUAUAUUUAUCUCUAACGGACAACGACAUGUAUAUUUUUUACCGGAUAAACAAGCAAAGAAGUUGAGCACCUUGAGGAAUAUUCCGGAAGUCAACAGCCGGCUAGCAUACAUCGGCGCCUGCGUAGGACGCCAUCAUGACGGGCCGGGAGGUGGACCACCGCCUGCAGGUGCUGCAGAUCUACCGCCUGUUGCAGUACAUCCAUGACAACGAUCAAGCCCAGGUGGAGAUGAUGGUCAACCUCGGGGUGCAGAACCUCAUCAAUCUGACGGAGCCGCAGAAUGGGACCGGUGCGCUCCACAUGGCGGUGGCUGCCAACAAUCAGGAUCUGGUCCAAUUUCUUCUCUCCCUAAGAGCACACCCUGACAUCCAGAACAAGAGGGGCCACACUCCGGUCAUGUUAGCUGCUGAACUGGGUAAUGAGGGCAUCGUGAAAAUGUUGGCACAUCACGAUGCUGACAUGGGCAUACAGAAUAACGAGGGGAAAGGUGUCCUCUUCUACUGCAUCUAUCCGACCAAGCGGCACACACGCUGCCUGCAGGUGGUGCUAGAGUACCAGGCAGAUGUCAACAACGUGUCGUCUCAGGGGACCCAUGUCUUCCAGCUCAUGUGCCAACACGCCAAAGAGUGCGCCCCCAUGUGUCACAUGAUGCUGGCACAAGGCGCCGACCCCAAUGCCGCCGAUCAGAAAACGGGAAUCACGGCGUUGAUGGAGGCCGCCAAGGCCGGCUCACUGGACCUGGUCAGAGACAUCCUCAAAAGGGGCGGCAAUCCCAACGCCUUGGACGAGAAACGCCUGUCAGCUGUGCACUACGCCGCAAUGGGAGGCUUCUUUGAGGUUAUUGUGCUGCUGUCGGCCUUCUCAGCUGACAUGAACAUCAUCAACGUGGACGAGAACACCGCCCUGCACUACGCCGCUCAAACGGGAGAUGUCAACUGCUGCAAGUUCCUGGCUCAGAGAGGCUGCAACGCCAAGGUGAAAAACCGUGAAGGUUUGCUGCCCCGUCUUAUCGCCAAGGAGGCGGGUCACAAGCCGGCCAUGAAGGAGCUGAGGAAGGCGGAGCAACAGAGGGGGAAAGAGAACACGGACCAGACCUGCUUGACAGAAGUGUGGGCCCUCACCCUCCAUGACUGGUCCAACGAGACGGAGGCGGACAUGCGACAGGCCUUCCAGACCGACGCGGUCCACAAAGACAAGUUUCUCUCCAUGGUAGAGACGCUCAGGGCCCCCGUCACCUUGGAGCAGCUGGAGUUGGUCUUCUCCUUGCAUCAGACCGGCAGAGAGAACUGCAUCAACCUCAGCGAUUUCAUCAAAGGUGUCAGCUACAUCAAGAAGCCUUACCUGCUCCUCUCCUACAUCCCCAAGAAGAAGAAAGGGGGCAAAGGAGGCAAGGGGAAGAAGAAGAAGCCCAAAUUUGUCCUCCCGAUGCCCGUUUGCACGCUUCCGUCGGAGCUCAAGCCUCGCCGAUCGGACGGCGGCCCGCCCGAAUACAUGAUGGAAACCUACAAUAUGGACGACGCCCGCCGACUGGACCAGGAAGAGCCGCCGGAACACCCCGUCCUUAACGACACCGCCUGGUACACGGCGAAGCCCGACAAGAUCUACGUCAACAUCAACUACCUGGUGAAGAGCGGCGAUAUCGACGCUCUGGAAGUGGCCUUCAACCACAGAAUCCCUGUGGACAUCCAAGAUCCCUUCUACAAGACCCCGCUGAUGGUCGCCUGCGCCAUUGGCAACUACAAGGUGGCCGAGUACCUGCUGGGCAAAGGUGCGAUGGUGAACAUGUGUGACCAGUUCUGCUGGAUGCCGCUCCAUCAUGCUGCUCAAGCUGGCCUGGCGGAACUUCUGGAACUUCUAAUGACGGCAGGAGCCGAGAUAAACGCUCAGACCAUCACCGGGACCACACCUCUAAUGGUGGCCAUCGAGAGCAACCAUCUAGCCUGUGUGGAGUUCUUCAUCGACAAUGAUGCCAACCUCCUAAUGGAGAACAAGAAAGAACAAAACUGCCUGGAUGUUGCCACCGCCUUUGGUGACGGACAGAUAUAUCAGCUGGUGAAAGAGAAAGUCGAGGCCCUGCCCAAACCCAAAAACAAAGGAAAGGGUAAACCUCAGAAAGCCAAGAAAUAACUCUCAAUCCCUCUGCUUGCUGUCCUUGGAGCUCAUUCUCCCUCACUGGUCUCUUCCUUGGUCCUGGUCACCUGCAGAGUAUUUCAACACCUCACUUUAAAUAAAUAUACAUUUGUACAGUG